AGGUGGAAACUAACUAGGGAAGCCAACAGAUGAUUGGCGCUGAUGACUUAUUGCUUUGAUCUUUGUCGGUGCUAAUUAUCUAGCUGGCUUCCAUUUGCCCACUGCUAUUUACAUACUUUCACCUAUCAGUGCUAAUAACCCUCGGCCUCCCGUUUGCUCAUUGUCCAUUGCUUAUGGCAAACACCGGUACACUAAUCCGCCAGGUGUGAAGUGUUCCGGUUUGACAGUUGAGAAGCUGAAGACAGAGUUGCGAUGCCGUGGAGCAACUACACGCGGGAAGAAGAUCGAUUUGAUUGAAAGAUUGGAGUCCUAUGACAGAAAUAAUAACUUCUGCCACUCAGAAGAUGACAUUAAGUUACCUAAGCCUAUCCGAUUUGAAUCAUGGCCAGUCACAGGUUUCAAGCAACUGAUGCCACUACACAAAGACAGGUUACCGCCCAUGGCCUCUUCGGAUGUCGAGGCAUAUUUUAGGUACCGGUUAGCUGUAGAUAAUGAAGAGACUGGAGAUUUGAAGGCUAUUGAGAAGGGACAUCAACUUUUGAAAUCCAAUCAUGUCCUGGCUUGCAGUGUUGUCAUUGAUCACCAUGCCUACUUCAGUGGUCUAGUCAGUGCUGCUAUGAAGAAAAAGGUAUCUUACAGUCUUCGCAUCAUAAUAGCAGAAUGUGGUGAAGUGGUGAACACACACUGUGAGUGCCCAGCUGGUAAAGGCCCCCAUGGAACCUGCAAACACCUCGCUUCCGUCCUCCUCAUGUUGUCUCAGUUCAAGUCUACAGGUGUGAUUGCUGUGAGGCGAUCCUGCACAGACAGACUGCAGACAUUCCACAGGCCACAAAAGGAAUAUUCAGAUUCACCGAAGAAAGCAGACUCAUUCAAGUGUGGGGCGAAGCGACCAACCAUGUUUGAUGACCCAAGACCAGCAAAAUACAGAAAUAGUGCAUCUUACAGGGACCACGUGCGAAACAUCACCAUCAACUACUGCUCUUCAGCGUCUAAGGAUAUCACGAUCAGAUACUUGUUUGAAAGAGCCAGUCUGUCAUCUGCAGUAAGAGAUCAUGACUAUUUGGACAAGCCCUUCACAGAAUACUGGGUGGUGAGAGCCUUGAAGAUUACAGAUGACCAGGCUGCAGACUUAGAGUCAAAGACAAGAAAGCAGGCCAAGUGUAGCUUGUGGCAUGAAGAGAGGAGAUGGAGGUUGACAGCAUCUCAGUUUUGGACAAUUUGCAAAUGCACUACAAGGAGAAACAGAACUAAAUUAUGUGAACAAAUUGUCUCUGGAAGAAAACUUGUUUGUAACUCUAUGAGGCAUGGGUUACAGCAGGAACCCAAAGCUAUUGCCAAACUUGAGAUAGCCUGUAAUGUUCAUGUUCACAGUUGUGGAAUGUUUGUUGACUCUGACCUCCCUUUCCUUGCAGCAACCCCAGACGGUGUCAUUGAUUCUAACACCAUUGUUGAGGUUAAAUGUCCUUACAGUGCUAGAAAUGAGGUCAUUGCUCCUGGGAAACUCUUUCUUUAUCUUUGUAAGAGAAAUGGCCUCAUGCAACUGAAAGAAAACAGUAAUUACUACUUUCAGGUGCAGGGUCAGAUGUAUCUAUCAAAGCGAAAAUACUGCUUUUUUGCUGUUUGUACGUUCAAAGACUUCUUUGUUCAGAAAAUAUCACUCGAUGAGGAAUAUUGUACAGGAAGUUUGAUUCCCAGACUCUCAUUGUUCUUUGAGUCUUUCCUCAAGCCUUACAUUGCUACUCACUGCAUUUGUUAAGAUUCACGAACAGAUAUCCUUUUGUGGAUUAAUAUACUAGCCACAUAAAGAAACUGUGCACGGAGAAAAUAUAUUCUGGAUUGAAAUACAACACAGCAAGAACAAAAUGAUGCAGACGCUGUAGCAGCUGAAU